AUACACGUGGAUUGUAAGCACUGAGGUCCGUCAUUGUUCUUGUAUUUUGGAUGUAUUUAUUUUGAUACUUGAUAGAGACUUGGAGUAAUCGAUUAUGAUGAAUGUCUUAGUAGUAAGCUUGCUUAUAUAUGUUACACUUUCAGACUCCAGGAAUCUAAAUCGUGUAUCUAGUAGGAAAUGCUUCAAUCUUUUUCAAAAAUGGACAUCGAGGAAAAAUAUUUCCCGGCUUCCAAUUUGUAGACGACCUUCAUCCCAAUAUGGCAACAUUGAUACUCGGGAAAGUGAUCAUCCAUCUGUGUUUCGUGAUUUAACACAAACAGAAAUUAAAGGCCUUCUUGAUUUUCUUUAUGCAGAAUCAAGUUUAAACCUCACUGUUGCAGAAAAGGCUUCGGUUACUUCGAACUAUAUUUUUAUUGCUGAUAUAUAUCGGCCUUUAAAAAGGGAUAUACUAAAUCACCUUGAUAAUGGACAUCCUCAACCAGAACGAGAAGCACAGGUUAUGAUUUUCAGAGGAGCUAUUCCAAAACCAGACGUCAUUGAAAUAGUUGUUGGUCCUUUACCAAACCCUUCCGCCUAUAAACAUGUUCCGUACCGACCAAAAUCACUUCCUUUCAUAGACAGACCUUUUAAUGUAGCAGAUUACGUUGGAAAAGUUUUGAUUUUUUUAGACAGGACACUUGGUGACAUGUUGUUAGACCUGUACGGCGGACGGUUUACUAAUUGCGGUGAUAGAUGCCUGAUAGCUAACUAUUUUAAUCAGGUAACUUCCGUAAUAUCUGGCGUAAGAAAGCGAAGAUUCUUUUGGUGGGUGCAGCAUAAUGUAGAAUAUAACAUAUUGAGACCUUUAGAUUUUGCCUUUUUGGUUGAAUCGGAACUUGAUAAUUUUUCUCUGCUGAAAGUAUGGUUCGAUGGACAUUUCUUCAAAUGUUUAGAAGAUGUUCUUAGGUAUUACAAUAGAUACAAGCAUAAUAUACAAAAAGUUCCCUUUCCUGAUGCCAAUGGAAGUUCUCGUCGUAUUUUGACCUCAAGAGGCAUGCCUCCAUUUGAAAAGCCCUUGAAGGACCCCCAGCAAGUUUCCCCUGAUGGUAAACGAUACAAUAUUUACGAUAGACAUAUAUCAUAUGGCUUCUGGGAAUUUGAUGUUGCGAAUGCAGCUUUCCGUGGACCAAGGCUAAAUGACAUCCGAUACAAAAAUGAACGUAUUGCAUAUGAAGUUAGCACACAGGAACUAGCAGUAUUUUAUUUCGGCUAUAAACCGUUUGAAUAUACAUCUUUUUAUCUAGACAACAGCUACCAGACAGGAACUUUAGCAAAAUAUCUAGUACCUGGAGUUGAUUGUCCUUUGGAUGCUACAUUCCUUAGCUCAUCUUACAAGGUUGAAACCCAAGAUAAACCACUUUUCAAUGAACAUUCGAUUUGUGUAUUUGAAUUCAACACAGGACUACCACUUCGUCGUCAGCAUGGAUACUUUAAAAAUAUUCAUAGUUUCUAUGAAGGUGUUGAAAAUAUUGUUUUAAUAGUAAGGACAAUUCCGACAGUCUAUCCAUAUGAGUACAUUAUUGAUUUUAUAUUUUAUCAUAAUGGCGUCAUGAAAAUUAAAGUGACAGCUUCCGGUGUUGUUGCGAGCACAUGGUAUGGACAAGACAAUCCAUUUAGUUUCCAGCUUGAUGAUAACCUCAUGGCACCUCUGCAUCAACACUUAUAUCAUUUCAAAGUUGACCUUGACAUUAAAGGAACAAAGAACAGAUUCGAAACUCUGGAUAUUGAAUCCGUCGUUACUCCAAAUGAAGCAAGUGAUGUUCCCAAUGCCACGAUUAUUCAAAACCAGUUUAUAAAACGACUUAAGAAGACUGAAUUUGAAGGAGCCUAUAAAUUUGACUUCAACUUUCCAAAGUAUCUAACGUUUGUUAAUAAUAAUGUCAAAGACAAGUUUGGCAAUUCGGCAGGAUAUAGACUGGUAAAUGAAGGAAUGAUAAAAAACACAAGACCUCCAGAUGAUGGAAACAAUCCAGCUGCCAGCUGGUCGCAAUAUCAGGUUGCCGUAACUAAGUACAAAGAUAGUGAACCAUCGAGUAGCAACAUGUUUGCACAUUCUUACAAUCCUGUUUUUAAUUUUCAAGAGUUCAUUGACGAUAACGAAAAUAUUGUAGAUCAGGACCUUGUUGCCUGGGUUUCAAUGGGAAUGUACCACAUUCCUAAGAAGGAAGACUUGCCUAGUACCCACACACCAGGAAUGUCUCGUAGUUUCUAUCUAAUACCAUUUAACUAUUUUGAUGAGAGCCCUGGAAUGUCAGUUAAUAAUGCAGUUCGAAUAGAUGCUGUUGAAAAAGAUGGCAAAACUGAGUCUGUUAAAAUACGAAGAUAUGGCGUCAGCAGCGAUGUUGAUUGUAUUCCAAAGAAAAAUCCAUUUGAGAAGAUGUUGAAAGAAAACCCAUGUUCUAUUGUCGAGUGCUAA